CACACACUCUGAGCUAGUCUGUCUCUCAAUCCUGACUCACACAUUCCUCAGUUAGUACUUUUCCAGCUGUGGCUCCCUGCUGUACCAUGUCUGUCCUGUAGGUGAUUUACAGUGUAGUAUUCUGUUCGAACAGACGUUCACCAGCACUCUCAGUCUUUCUGGUUCCUUGUAAGAGUGUGGAUAUGAAAAUGGCAGUGCUUUGCUGUAUGUCCACGCAGCUCUUGCUGGUGGCACUUGCCUCUCUGGCUGGCAUCUGUCUGGGAGGGUCCGACGGGCCCCGUGGGGUGGCUCUUCCUUUUGUCUUUGACCCCAAAGCAACGUGCGACCCUACUUGCAAACAUGCCGGGAUUUGCAUCCGAAACAACACCUGCUUCUGCUCAAGAGGAUACGAGGGAGAAACCUGCCAAUAUGCAAACUGUUAUCCAAAGUGUAAAAAUGGUGGAGUGUGCCUUCGACCUGGAAAAUGCAGAUGCCCUUCAGGAUUUGGAGGAAAAUACUGUCACAAAGUGGUGUGUGAAAGUGGCUGCUGGAACGGUGGUGAAUGUAUUGCUGUGAAUGGAGAAGCAAAAUGCAUCUGUCCCUCCAGCUGGACCGGCUCCAGAUGCCAAGACGCGAUCUGUCCGCAGGGAUGCAGGAAUGGGGGCAGCUGUGUGGCUCCUGGAAUCUGCAGCUGUCCAGACGGAUGGAUAGGCGGAGCCUGCCACACAGCUGUGUGUAAAAAGCGGUGUAUGAACGGGGGGAAGUGUGUGUCUCCGAACACCUGUCGCUGUCGAGCUCCGUUCUCAGGCCCGCAGUGUGAAGAGAGGAAGAAGCUCUACUGAAGUCAGUCUGACGUCCGACCCCAUCGCUCCCUCAAAUUGGUGCUAAAGUUACUUGUUUGUUUGUUGAAGCCAAACUGAACAUAUGUGAAGUGUGAUGUUUUCAUUACGUUAACAUUGUACAUUAAUGACAUUGAGACUUUUGUAUUAAGUAGUGUGUUUACGAUAACUGUUGAAUUUCCUUUAGCGUACAGUGCAACUUAUUAAAUAAAGUUAAAAUCUAAAUUGUGUGUGUGCAACUUGUUUUAAGGUUUUAAAGAUCAGAAGUAUGAUUCAUUCCCGGUUUUGUUGUUGACGACUUGUUUUUAUU